UCACCCUCAGCUCUGUUAAAAACAGGAGGCCAUUAUUACACACACACACAUUCCGACACACACUCCCUCUCUAACACACUCUUGGCUCUCUCUCGCGCGCAGCCGGUUCUCGGGGAUCUGACUGGGAAGCCGCGGGGAUGUUCCGCAGGGCGCUGGGGAGAACUCUGCAGCUCGCGGGGAAGCGGGAUCACCAGCUCGCGCUGAAAUGCGGACCCUCGGUUUCUGCCUCCGCGCGCGAGCGGCCCCGGGACUCUUCCUCCACCGCCGUGAACCGAGAUAAAAUAAAGACCAUGGACGAUCUGGGCGGACCGAGCUUCCUCACUUCACUGUACUGGCUGUUCGGAAAACGGUACUUCAACAUUACCCACCAGAUGCAGAUUGAUCACAGCAAAAUCUAUGGGCCUCUGUGGAAGUCCAAGUACGGUCCACUGGUGAUUGUGAACGUGGCCACCGCAGAGCUGAUAGAGCAGGUCCUGAGGCAGGAAGGCCGUCACCCCAUUCGCACGGACAUGCCACACUGGAGGACGUAUCGAGAGAUCCGCAAGCAUGCCUAUGGUCCUCUUACGGAAAUAGGAGCAGAAUGGCAGCGGAUCAGAAGCAUCCUGAACCCACGCAUGUUGAAGCCCAAACAUGUUUCCUCCUACACUAACGCCAUCAAUGAGGUGGUGAGUGACUUCAUAGAGAAGGUGGCUUGGCUUAGGGCUACGACAGGAAAUGGAGUAAUGGUGCCUGACGUCGCUGGAGAACUCUACAAGUUUGCUUUCGAAGGGAUAUCCUCAGUGCUGUUUGAGACACGGAUGGGUUGUUUAAACGAGGUGGUUCCAGAAGAAACGCAGAAGUUCAUCUUUUCUGUUGGGGAGAUGUUCCGCCUCUCACCUAUCGUCGUCCUCUUUCCCAAGUCUCUGUGGCCCUAUAUGCCUUUCUGGAAGCACUUUGUGGCUGUAUGGGACCACCUUUUCAAAGUUGCGGAUGAUCUAGUUCAGAAAAAGAUGGCAGAGAUCCAGGAGAAGGUGAAACAGGGGCAGCCAAUAGAGGGAGAAUACCUCACUCACCUGCUGGUCAGCGAGCAGAUGUCCCCCACAGAGGUGCUGGGAAGCAUCACUGAGCUGCUGCUGGCUGGAGUGGACACUACUUCCAACACUAUCUCCUGGGCUCUGUACCACUUGGCCCGAGAGCCAGAAAUCCAGCAGAGGCUGUACGAGGAGGUGAUUAGUGUUUGCCCAGGUGACAAAGUGACCUCUAGUGAAGAUAUCAGCAAGAUGCCUUGGCUGAAGGCUGUUGUUAGAGAGACUCUCCGUUUAUAUCCUGUGGUACCUGGAAACGCUCGUGUCAUUGCCGACAAUGAAAUAGUAGUGGGCGGCCACCUCUUCCCUAAAAAUACCCUGUUCCACUUGUGCCACUACGCAGUGUCUUAUGAUGAGAAGAUAUUUCCUGAGCCUCAGGUGUUCUCGCCUCAGCGCUGGCUGCGGGGGGAGAAGCAGAUCGGACAGCAUCCUUUCGGCUCCGUUCCUUUCGGCUUUGGUAUCCGUGCCUGUCUGGGCCGCAGACUGGCUGAGUUAGAGAUGUACCUCCUCCUGUCUCGGUUAAUCAAACACUAUGAAGUGCGGCCAGAUCCCACAGGAAAGACUGUGAAGCCAAUCACAAGAACUCUCCUGGUGCCGGCCACGCCAAUCGACCUUCAGUUUAUUGACAGACAGUCUGAGCAAAAAACGUCCGCCAGAGAACAGGCUGCUGCCUGAUCAUUCCAUAUUAGUGUCUGCUGACAUUUCAAGUAUCAGUUUUCUGAGAAAAUCAUGGACUAAUCUUUCUCUACGAGCUUUUUAAAGGAGCUCUUCACACAACUUUACUUACCUUGUGCCACUGAUAAUGACUGAGGUUUGAAAAGCUAACAAACAUAAAUUAUCAGUUUAGUCAAAAUGUUAAAGAAUACAAUCUGUCAUUGUUGUGUAAAAAUAUGUUUCCUAAGUUUCAUCUAACAGUUAUUUACAUUGUGUCAAAAUGUAACAAUAUUUUACAUUUUUACAUUAACAAGUUUUUCAUCUGUGAAGUUCAUAUUUAGUAGCUGUAAGGUUUUUGCAACUAAUUGUUUAAAAGUUUAUUAUAAUGUUUAUAAAAUAUAGAACUGUUGUUAACAAUGGUACACUAAAAAAGCUCUGUAAGUGAAUCAGAAGAGUUCUCUUUAGUUCUCUAUUGCUUCAGACCACUGUGCACAAUCUUUUUAAUGUGAAUCUAUGAUCUUUCUGUGCCUUUUAAUCAAAUAUUUUAUGUAUUUUUAAAAUGCUGCAUUUGACAUUUUCCACAAACUUCCAUUAAUACUGUAAAUAUUGUAAUAAACACAAUAAAAUCACAUAUUGUUGCUGUGUAAUAAAAAACAUGUAUCUCCAAAGCAGCAAUUUUACAGGAGAGAGAUAAAACCUUCUUAGAUUGAGUAUAUACCUAAUUAAAUGUUGAGUACUGUUGUGUAGACUGUUAUUAAGCAUUAUUCCAUUUGAAUUUUGCCUUUUGUCACAAGUAACCAGUUAAAUAUUACAGAUAAUAUGAAUAUAUAGGCCUAAAUAAAGACUGUGACUGUAACUCUUUCUGCACAAAGCUAAUAUUAGACUUUGUAUUAAAGGGACUGAUCUACUUAACCAUUGUUUGAUCUCAGACAAUAACUAUUAAAUGUGUCAGUUCACUACA